UACAAUUUACUCAGUAAAUUAUCUGUGCGGAGUUCCAUUCGCUCCUUAUAACCACUGGUCAUCGACGCGAACUCGAGCUUCCCAACCCACAUGCGCAUAGUUUCCGAUGGCCGUGCAGAAGCUUCUAUUGGUGUUGACAAUCUUCGUCUCGACUUGUUUGUUCGCUCUUUGUUGGGCGUUCAUGAUUAUAGUUUGGCAUCAAGAAUUUGUGAUCCUCCCCGACUCCGACGCCAUCCUCAUCACGAGAUAUCCUACUGUACUCACCCUGAUAUCUACCGUGAUAUCCACGAUUCUGUCAGUAAUCACCACGGCUCUUUUCUCGAUCGCUGUCAAAAACGCACUUAGCCAUUAUAUUACUCGACCAAUAUCGCUGGUCAAAUUUCACACCGCAAUAGCUCUCUCCAGACCUCAACCUCUUCUUCGAUGGAACUACCGUGUUCUCUCACUGUUCACGCUGGUUAUCGUUGGUUUGGUCACACUCCUCAAUUCAAGCUGGACGACAUUAUUGUUACCGACACGUCUGUUGUGGCCUGUACCAAUCGAAGGCAAAGAUCUGGAUCUCGGAAGCCCCGCCUUCGAUGCCAAACUGGGUCUUGAUAUGAACGCCUCUUCAAUCUCAUACACGAAUGUUUACAAUAUUCUCGACAUUAUGUCGCCCAUGAGUGGGGCUUCAGCCACACGUUUGGCUAUCGCAGGCGGAGAUAACAGUAUCUUCGCAUUCAAUGGUGUAUCAUACAGUAAAUCGAGCAGUGGCAUUGUUCCAGCAAUCGAAGAUUUUGCAGGUAACUCGUUGACCCCCGGUGGUGUUGGCCUUCAGUACUUCGGUGGAAAAGUGGCUGUCAAUACCUCGGUAGUCAAUAAAGAACAUCGGGUCCGUUCCGGGCUUGCUAGAAAUUAUACCGUGACACAACAGGGCCUUUCUGCGAAUGUUACUUGUGGCGUCCCAGACCCAAAGGAGUACUCCUUGAGUAUUCUGGAUAAUCCUUCCUCCGCCUUCGGAGGAGGGACUAUAACUUGGGAAUGGGCAGCACAUUGUCCUCUCGGCAUUGGUGUCAGCUAUUGGACGACAGUAGAAUUCCAGGCUCUUGAUGACCGCGAUGGCCUUCUCGGGAUUGUUGUUUGUCCUGGCCCAUACAUGAUCGCCGUCCCAUCUUUCGACAUCAUCCUACAGGGCAAAGCGGGAUAUAGUUUCUUGAAUGCAACGGUCUGCAAGGUUGCACCAUAUGUGGCCUCAUUCGAUGUGACAUACAGCAAUGGAAACAUCUCUAUUGAUCAGCCCCGUGAUAUCCAGCCACUCCAGAACCACAGUAUGAAUGUCACCUACUUUAUAAGGAGCGUAGUGGAGGAGUUGUCCUUGUCCACCCAAACGACAUAUAAUAAUCCUUUGGGGGAGCUGCUACGGCUUAACAGAUUAUACAACACAGGCUCAAUGAAUGAAAUACUGGAAUACUACUUCCGCGGCGUCGUAGAGUUUUCUGCCACAUACCUUCGUUCCGCAUACCUUGCGGAAGGCGCGGCCACCGCGAUGUCGGACUUGUACUUGGACGAAAGUGCUUUCAAACCCCUGAGCGGAACCAUGUUUGUGGCGACCUAUGGCUGGUACAGUGGACGCCUUACAUACAUCUAUAUCAUCGGCGUCUUCACGGUCAUCUGGGCGGUCACUGUUGCAGCUGCGACGUUCAGUCUAAUUCAGGAGCGCAUUCACCCUUGCAUCGGUCUCUCAUUUGAUGCGUCGAACCCAAUCCAUCUCAUGAUGGCUUCUUCGGCGGGCGGACUAGAAGCGCUUGCGGGGUUUGAAAAUGAUGGCGGUAUGAUGAAUGAACGGGUGCAAAUCCGUUUCCUAGAUGGUCGGGGUGCGGCGCCUGGUGAUGCAGUGGGAGAGGAUACAUCCGUUCAACCUACCAGAUCGUCAAUGCGGUUCGAAAUUGUACCGGACCUAGACGGCGAGGGUGGCAAAGUCUUCUAGGAUAUCAUGCAUAUCAUGACUGACCACGUGGCUGUGCCACACUGCAAUUUCAAACCAGUUUGAAUGUUGAACGAGCCCUAGACGGUCAUGAGACUUAUUUCAAUGUCAAGCAAGAACUGAAGAAG